AUGAAGCAAAACAUCAGCAAUGCUUGUGGUACUGUAGCUCUUGUCCACAGUAUUGCUAACAAUACUGAUAAAAUUCAGCUCACUGAUGGCCUUUUGAAGAAUUACUUGGAGGAAGCAAAAGGGCUAGAUGCCUCUGCUCGUGGAAGACUGCUUGAAAAGUCAGAAGGCAUCAUUAAUGCUCACAAAGAAUUGGCCCAAGAAGGUCAGACUAAUACACCUAGUGCUGAAGAUCCAGUGAACCAUCAUUUCAUUACUUUUGUACACAAGGAUGGUGCUUUGUACGAGUUAGAUGGACGUAAAGCUUUCCCUGUUAAUCAUGGGCCAACUACUCCUGAUAGUCUUUUGGAAGAUGCAGCAACUAUUUGCAAGCAAUUCAUUGCUCGUGACCCAUCUGAAGUUCGCUUCACAGUUGUAGCUUUGACUGAGGCUAAC